AUGGCAAUUGCUCCUCACGACUUUGUCAUUGAAGUUAACGAUUAUGAUAGUGAUGCAGUGUAUCCAGUGACUGUGGCUACAACUACAAAAGAAAUAUUUGCUGAGCCUAAGCCUUGCCUUAGUUUUAAAAAAACUGACACACCAGUAGAUAUAACCAUAGAAUAUCCAGAACAGAAAAAUGUUGUCGAGGUGCAAAAGAUAUCAAAAGAUCCAACUACGACAAAAGACACAGAAAUGAAAAAAACCAACAAUGAAACUGCUAAUACAAGGGGCAUUACAAAAACAAAAGACAGGAAAAAGGGCUUGCAAAAUAGAAGAGAAGAUAUACAGCAAACAAUCAUAAAAAGCAAUACAGAUUUAAAAAAAAAGACAACUAGAAAUGAUGGAAGAGGAACAUAUAUACAACAUUAA